AUGGAGGUUCACCACAGUGGUGAAUUUAGGGAGAAGCCAAACAAGGUUUAUGUUGGAGGACAAAUGGAUUACAUAGAUGACUUGAUGUUGCUUAUUGAAAUGGAUGAUAUAGCCUUUAUUCUUGGAUAUGCUCCAUACAUUGGAUAUUAUUACAGAAUUCCUGAUGGUAUUAAGUUAGUGGAGAAUCAUCAGGUUGAUGGUGAUUUCUCAGUUGAUAAAGGGAAAAGGGUAGCAUCAGAGUGUGAUGAAUUAGAUAGUGAAUACCAACCUGACUUUGAAUCUAGUGAGUAUGAUAUGUUGGUUGACAGUGAUUAUGAAAGUGAGUAUGAUGACAUGUUGUAUGAUAGUUACGUUGAUAAGGAAGCUGAAUGGACUGGUUUGAAGAGUAAUAGGCUGAAAGAAACAGAAACAGACAAAGGGCAAUAG